AGGUGUGUCGGUCACGGUGUCUGCCCGACAGCAGACAGCGGUGUUGUAAAGAACAGGUCAGCAUAGCCUAUCUUUAGUUUUGUAUUCUGAAAAAAUUCAGAAUAAGUUUGGAUGUUGCAUUUAAAUCUUAGCACAGACACAGUUAAGGUGUGAUUGUCCUUUGAAAGGCAAAUUAAUGCUUUAAUGUUUUUUCAACAUAUUGAAUUUUUACGUACUUCAUUCAAGUUACCACUGUGCUUUCAACAUUGAAAAUCUAUGAUGGAUAAUGGGCAAACAACAAAAACGGUGCACCAAGUGACCUCAGCUCAAACGGACUCCAAACCUACUCUGAUGAAAGUGUCUUCGUACUUAUUGGCAUUAAGACCAUGGUCACUGAGUGCAUCAUUGAUGCCAACUUUAACUGGCUGUGCGCUCGCCUAUAAACUUAGUCCUAAUGCUGGUUUCUUUAGUUGGGUAACAUUGUUACUCACUCUCUUAACUGUUUUGUGUGUACAUGGAGCAGGAAAUCUUGUAAACACAUACUUUGAUUAUGUAAAAGGUAUAGAUGGACGUAAAAGUGAUGACCGAACUUUGGUGGAUCACAUUUUGUCUAAGGAUGAAGUUGCAACACUGGGAGGAGUGCUAUAUGCAGCGGGUUCUAUAGGAUUCCUUCUCCUUGCCGCAAUAUCACCAGCAAAGAUGGAACAUUUAGCUCUUGUGUACUUUGGUGGAUUAUCAAGCUCUUUUCUUUACACAGGUGGCAUUGGUUUAAAAUAUAUAGCUCUAGGAGAUGUUCUUAUAUUAAUUAUAUUUGGCCCAAUAUCUGUCCUUUUCGCAUUCAUGUCUCAAAGUGGAAGAAUAGAUUUUGCCACCAUCUAUUAUGCGAUUCCACUUGCUUUGAAUACUGAAGCAAUACUCCAUAGCAACAAUACUCGUGAUCUAGAAAGCGACCAACGAGUCGGUAUAGUUACUUUAGCUAUACUUAUUGGUCAUACAGCAUCUCAUAUUUUGUAUGCAUUCCUUUUGUUCACUCCAUACAUAUUAUUUGUGGUCUUGGGGGUGAGACUAAGUCUUUGGUUCUUACUGCCACUUGUAACUCUGCCAGCAGCCUUUGACAUUGAAAAGCAAUUCCGAAAUCCUGAAACUAUUCAAAAAGUACCCCAAAAGACAGCCAAAUUAAAUCUUUUCUUUGGUGUCUUGUAUGUUAUAACUAUCAGUAUGGUUGAGACCAGUCAGCUACCUUUCUUAAAUCAUUAGAUUCUACUAUCUCUUUUAUAAAUGAUGUGCUUCAUUAUAAAAUAUUUCAAGGCAACCUUAAUGUGAUUUUGUGACUACAGAAGUAAGCUAUCCUUUUAUCGAAUUUAAAUCAUCAUUCUAGUAACAUUGGUUUUUAAAAUUUUGUAGCUUUAGGACCUUAUUUACAGAUUUACUUGAGGGAGGACUGUAUGGGCUCUAGCUGAAAUGUCUUGUUGGUGGCUCAUUCUUGUCUUGUCUUAAGAUUAAAAACAUGGAGUCUUGUAGGUGAACCCUUGGAAUUUAAUAAAUGUUGCACUCCAAUUACUUUUUUUUUUUUUGCCAGCCUUUUUGUGGGGGUAGAUUGUGUAACUAAUGUAGUGAGAAUAGAAUGUCAAUCCGUUUUCCAAACUUGUUUCUGAACUAAUUUAAAUGCGAAAGAUAUCCCUAGUUAUGACUGAAAUUACGUAAUAAACCGAUGGUGAAACCAAUAGUGCAUAAUGUGCGUAACAAACUCAGUUGGUCUCUAUUUCUACAAUUUGGUAUCCCUUUUUUAUCAAACAAAUCUCGUUAUCAUCAUAUGUCUAUGUUUCACAUCGCUCAUUUCUUUCGCCAUCUAACAAAAAAUGGCCUUAGUAAAUUAAGUACUUAAACCCUCCUUCCCUAAAUCUUUUUUCUUUCCUCAUUUUUGACAUUGCUGUGAUUGAACCUUUACAUAGAGUGCUUUCAUUUGGUUUUAUCCUGAACGGUGUGUACUUACAGCAGGUAUUGAAAUCUUAAGUUUUAAUUUGCCUUUGUCAAGUGAUGGUAGUAAUGCUAGAAGUAGUAGCAUGUCUAUGCAAUUAGUCACUAAGUGAGUUUUAAUGACAUUGAUUUCUACAUUGAUAGUAACUUUGCAUAUGUCUUACCUAGCUUAACAAAGUUGUUGUCUUUAAGAACUUAUUUAUUUAUGUAAUAAUAAUAUAUUUUUGUUAUGGCUACCUAUAGUGGCCUGUUGCAUAUUCUGUGGAUGCCAGCAUAAGUAAGUAUCGAUGUGUCAUGACAAUAACAAUACUACAAGUUACAGUAGACAGUUGACUGAUGUUCUUUCCAAGGGAAUGGAACUUUCGCUGGAGAUUUUCCCUCCCCUUUCCUUUCAAAGAAAUGAUUUGGUAUUUUCCCUGCAUCAUAUCAUGCUCUACCUCUGUUAACAGAAAAAGCAGAUGUUUCAAACAUUUCAUAUCAUAUUUUAGACAAUAUCUGUGACUAAAGGGAUUAGUGAAUUUGUUUGGUCUUUGUUUGGUUUCAAAUUAAAUUUGUCUGUGGGAAUUUUUUUUUAAGGCCAUGUGUUUAGUAUGUGAACAUUUAGGAGUUAAGAAGGUAUGUUGGCAUCUUCAGGCAAGUUGAAAGUCAAUGCGUUGUUUAUAUUGUCCUUAGUGCUACAUUUAACUACAACUUUUUCAAAUUUUUGUUAAUUGGGGAGGGAAGAACUUUGAUUUGCUUGCAGAGCAGUGCUUUGAUUGUAAAAAAUAUAUGGUAUCUUAGACGUUUGAUGAUUGGGAACGUACUUUUACAUCACCAACUUUUCAAUAUGGUAUGUUUUGAAAACUGACAGUGACCAUGCUUACUGUUUUUGAUCUGAAGGCAGUACCACUUCCAACCUUUCUUUUAACUAUGGCCUUGACAGCUGCACCUAUGACAAGGGUGUUAUGUCAAUUUAUUUAUUUAUUUAUUUAUUUAUCAAUCCAUCUCCUUUCCAAAAGAAGUGAGUUAUUUCUUAGCAGCUGUUCCCAGCCUUCACUUUGCUCUAGCUCUAAGUAAGAGUAUUGCGAUUGAACAGUGAAUUUUUUUAAAACCAGCAUGUUGGUGUGUCAUUUGUUCAGUUAAUGCUUGCCAAGAAACUCAAAAAGUGAUAUGUCUGAUUAUUUAUAUUUGCUUUUAUAUUAAAACUAGAUUCUAUAAAUCCA